AUGAAGUUCAUUAACCUUUCGCUGGCCGCCCUUCUGGCACUCAUCGCGGCCGCAGCUCCCUCCCAGGGCGCCCCGACGAGUGAUGAGCUGGCCACGCGUGCCUGCAGGUGGACCGAUGCCUAUGAUUGCUACUACGAUAUUUGCACCGGACAGAGCGGUCCAGGUGCCGACCUGGGCGCCCUGGCUUGCCUAGCUGCCUGUAAGACGUUGUGCGGUUAG